CGAGCCGGAGUCAGCUGUCAGUCACGCUGACGUCACGUGUGUUUGGAGUCGCACCUCUGCGCGCAGGCUUGUUGUAGCGUGAGGGGAGACCCUCGAUGCCGAGGGGUGUCGAGCGCGCGCCGACGAGCCAAGUGUCACUGCGAUCAGUUGUAAAAUGGGCUGGAACUUAAAUCAUAACUGCGAGAUGAAGACGUGAGAGCGUAUAUAGCCUGCGCACUGUAUCAACCGCGAAUAAAAGAGCCGCGUCUUAGUGGAUUUUUCCCCCCUCUCUUUCACAUCUACACCAUUGAGCACCGAGCGGCGAGGCUGCCUCGAGCUGCGAGGCUGCUAGGCGGAGGCAAGCCGAGCUAUUUUCUGCUCGUUAUAAUAAUUACGAACAAGAUGAAGCGGCGGAAAACGGUACUGGCGGCGGCGUUUUGCUUCUCCUUUUGUCUCGGCACGCUCAUGAACGUGCUCUUCGUGCCCGGCUUCGAGCCGCACCAGAGCCACGACGCGGCACGACAGCGCUCUUUCAUAGAAACGCGUUCAUUCCGUCUUCACGUCAGCGACGACUUUGCGCCUGUAACCGCAUCGAUUGCGGAAUCCAGCAGCACCGCGACGCUCAGCGACCUGCGCUUACAGAUACGAGGGAGACUCGGAGAGGUGCUCCGAUACCAAAGUGGGGUCGAAGAUGCCGCCGCACGAUCGCUUGAACGCAGACGGCUGAUGGAUCUUGAGCGGGCGAGCAGCUGGGAUGAGUCCAGAGCAGCGGAGAGAAGCGAGGGCGAUCACGCACGCGGUAACGGGGCCAGGCAGCGGGCUGCUGCACGCGGGUCAGGCGGGGCGCUCGGCUGCGGGACUCUUGAGAGAGCCAGCAGUGUGCAGUUUGUGGGCUCGGGCUACACUAAAGCCGUGUACCGAGCAGAGCUGAACACCAGCUUCUCUGUGGCGCUUAAAUCCGUGGACCUCAGCGGUCACGACAUGGAGAGCUGCGUGAAAAGAUACAGCUCAGCUGAGGACUGUUACCGACUCGCUUCAUUCAAGAUCAUUAAAGAGAUGACACUGAUGGAGAGACUGCAACAUCCCAACAUCCUCAAGCUGUAUGGCUACUGCUACCAGGACAGCAAUGAUAUCAAGGACACGGUGACAGCUAUCACGGAGCUGGGCAGCCCUCUAGAGAUGAUCCAGUUGCUGCAGACACCCUGGGAAGAGCGAUUUAGAAUCUGCCUGAGUCUGGCACGUCUGCUACACUACCUGGCCCACUCGCCACUCGGCUCUCUCACCCUGCUUGACUUCAGGCCCAGGCAGUUUGUACUGGUGGAUGGAGAGCUAAAGGUGACAGACCUAGAUGACGCCAGUGUGGAGGACACGCCAUGCUCAGCAUCUUCACCUGCUGACUGCCUCCUAGAGUUCCCUGCUCGCAACUUUACCCUCCCGUGCAGCAGCGGCUACUGCCAGGGUAUUAACGAGAAGAGGAAUCUAUACAAUGCUUACAGGUUCUUCUUCACCUACCUUCUUCCUCACAGUGCUCCCUCAGCCCUGAGGCCUCUCCUUGCCAACAUCGUCAACUCUACAGGGGAGCUGCUCUGGGACACAGAUGAGACUCUAGCUCACCUUGAGAAUGUGUUGGAGAUGUAUAGGAAUGGACAUUACCUUUUGAAUGACACACAGAUACACAAAAUAAAAUAUAAACAGGUGGAAGAUGUGUCUAUACCAGGAGAGAACUACCGCUGCUGGCCAUCCUAUCAGCAUGACAGAUGCAUGCUGUCUGUCUACAGUGUCGAUGAGGCCAUUGGUGUGUGUGAGAGCCAUGCCCAGUGCAGAGCCUUCAUCAUGACCAAUCAGAGCACUUGGACAGGCCACCAGCUUGUGCUCUUCAAGACGGGUUUGUCCACCAUGGCUCCAGAUAAAGGAAAGCUAAUGUAUGUCCGGCUGGACAGCUGAGAGAGAGAGAGAGAGACAGAAUGAGGAAGAUCUGUGGUCCCAUUGUGUUCUCACACUGCAAUCGUUAUGAGGAAGGUUGGGACGAGUCACCCUCAUGACUCUCCAUCCAUCCAUUUGUUUUUAAAAAUUAUUUAUGCCAAAUUCAUGAGGACGCUGAACACACUGAGACCUAAUUAAGUGCAAUGGAGUGUACUGUUUGCCUGAGCUUCCUCUAUUUUGAAUGUUGAAAAUAAUUUCUAGGUUGGAGUUCUACCUGAUUAGGUCCUGGACCUUUACAAGUCAUCCUCAAUCACACUCAGACACACAGCCAUCAGGGAGCUAUUCUUCCUUUUUUUCUAAUUCCUUACACCACCUUUUCUUCUUCUUCUUCUUCUUAACCAUCUUCUUCUUCUUCUUCUUCUUCUGUCCUGCUUGCUGUGUCUCUUUCUAUUUUAUGUCACAGCAGGUUUCACCUACAGGACUCAGGUAAUGUGUAAUACAGCUCAUAUCUGCAAACAUGUCGAAUCUCCUCCUCUGUCCGUUUCUUCUCUUAGAUCAUUAGCACUUUUGAAACAUGAACACAGGGUCUUUAUUUUCAUUCUGAACUUUAAAGAGCUUUUAAUAUAAUAUCCUCUUUCAUUCCAAAUCUUUCUAGUUCAUUCAUGUGAUGUGAAGAGAUGGAAAACAUACAGCCAUACUGCAAGUAUUUUGGCGGUGUAAGAACAACAAGUACGAAAGUCCAGUUUACUGUAAAAUGAAGAAACAGAGUUUAAAUGUAUUUUUUCUAAAUGUAUUUUUGUUGUGUGCGUGCAUUGGCCAAGUGUCAUGAUCAGUUUGAGAAUGAAUUGCAGCUGUUUAUGUCUUAUGUGGAGGAGAUCCAAAUCCACACCGGCAGUCUGUGCGACUCCUUGUUCAUUACAAGGUGAUUUUUCUCAACCUAUGAAUUUCCCAAGGAAAUGUGAAGCCAAAUUUUUACUUGUCAUGUGAAGGAUUAAAUGAGUCUUUGCUUUCAGGGAAAGCAAUUAAAAUGAAGCUGAAGUAGACAUGUACAUUGGUUUUGGUUUUCCUAACAAUGUAGUGUAUAUAAUGACAAUUGUGAUGAAAGCAAUAUUUUUGUAACAAAUAUAAAAGUCUUCAGGCUCAAAA